UCUGUGUGUUUUCACGUGACGGCGCAGGAGAGCUAGUGCGCCUCUCAGGCAGCGGUACACACGGAAAGCAAAAGGAAACGCCGCAGCUUUGAGCUCAAUACAUGUUUGCCUGAACGUCGAGGAGUUGGACGCUUGACAUUUUCGAAGAUGUUUUCAUUCGGGGAGAAAAUGGAGUUUCUCAUAGGAAACCCCUUUUCAACGCCCGUCGGUCAGAGAAUCGAGCGAGCGACCAGCAGCUCUCUGCAGUCGGAGGACUGGGGGCUCAACAUGGAGAUAUGUGAUAUCAUCAACGAGACAGACGAGGGGCCCAGAGAUGCAGUCAAAGCUAUAAAGAAGAGAAUCGUUGGAAACAAGAACUUCAGAGAGAUCAUGUUGGCUCUUACUGUUCUCGAGGCCUGUGUGAAGAACUGCGGCCAUCGCUUUCAUGUUCUGGUGACGUCUCAGGACUUUGUUGAAGGAGUUUUGGUCCGUUCCAUCCUGCCCAAAUAUAACCCCCCCACUGCCCUUCAUGACAGGGUGCUCAGCCUCAUACAGUCGUGGGCGGAUGCGUUUCGUAGCUCUCCCUCCCUUGCAGGGGUGGUGUACGUAUACGACGACCUGAGGAGACGAGGUCUGGAGUUCCCCAUGACAGACCUGGAUGCUCUGUCCCCCAUCCACACACCCAACAGAAGUAUCCCAGAAAACGGGACUCCCGAGACGACCCCUGUCACCACUCCACCACAUCAACCACAAACUCAAGCCUCUACCAGUGCUCCCAUUCAGAAUACUUCACCUCCAGUCCAGCCCAGUGAAGGACCAGCCUCACUCUCUGCAGAACAGGAACAGAAGUUGCGGAGUGAGCUGGCGCUUGUGAAGGGAAAUCUCACUGUGAUGUCUGAAAUGCUGAAUGAGCUGAAACCUGGGCAGAGUCAGCCGGAUGAUACAGAGCUGCUACAGCAGCUGUACUCGGUGUGUAAGAGCAUGCAGACUCGAGUGGUGGAGCUCAUCCCUCAGCUGCAGGAAGAAGGAUUUAUUGAAGAGCUGCUCGUGGUCAACGAUGACCUCAACAACGCUUUCAUCCGCUAUGAGAGGUUUGACAGACUUAACAAGGCACAAACUACAAAUACUUCACAGCAGACCCCUGUCAGCAGCCGGAGCCUCAUCGACUUCAGCCCUGAACCUUCAACUCUCAGCCAACCUGCUGUCAUCACAACAACCAGCCAACCAGCAGCAAGCAUUUUGGCCAAUCAGAGGCCAUCAGCCAACCACAAAGAGGAGGAGGAGUUUGACAUGUUUGCCCAAACCAGAGGCAGCUCCCUGGCUGAGCAGAGGAAAAGUGUCAGGUAUGAGGACCCAGGAGCUGUGGAGGGCCUCGCUGGAGCUCUGGACUCAAGGUUGCAGGUCACAGCGGGGGUGCCACCAGUGAAAAACUCUGUGCAGAAUGAUAUUGACAAAUGGCUAUCCUGUGAUAUGCAAGACCAGUCUGCAGUUAGUGAGGGAGUUUCCAGUGAAGAGUUUGAUAAGUUUUUGGAGGAUCGGGCGAUGGCAGCAGACCACAGCGGCCAGACGACUCGCAGUGUGCCGCCCUCCACAUCCAAACCAACGCCACAAUCUAGCCAGCAAGAGAACAGAUCACAUGACCAGCUUUUUUCACUCUGAGUUUGGGAACAGAGAAAGAGGAGCAGGUAGAUGUAAAGGUCAACAUGCACAUACCAUCACACUGAAAUAUACGUCACACACUGUGCCAAGUCAGGUUGUGUCUGAAAGUACACACACACACACACACAAUAAAACCUGUCACUACAGAACUGUUGCCUAAUCAAUUCAUUGCAUAAAUGCAGUAUUUCUUUGUUAAUUCUGCUAUUUGUUAUGUUUAUGUGGUUAUAAACAACUUUAUGUGACUGUAUUUAUGAAAUGUAUAAUAUGUUAUAUUAUAAUGUUGAUGUAAACAAAACCUAGAUUUGUGUUUACAGUUAAGCAUAAUGUUGCAAAUAUGUUUGAUAUUACACCAAAGUGUGCCUUUGACCCAGACAGCUGAUUUUGUGCGAGAGAAUAAAUGGGGCAAACAUG